CGCACCAACUGUGAACCUACGUGGCUCGCAAAUCUCCCGUUCAAGGCCCUCUCUUGCCCCCUCUCCCUCUCUCUGUGCAGAGAACCGCCAAAGCUCUGAUCUUUUUUCGUUGGAGUGAUUCGAGAAGAAGCUCCAUUGGUGCGUUGGCAAGACUCCAUUUCCUUGUGUUGGACUGGAUUCUGGUGGCACUACCUAAACUGAGUGGAGAUGGGUCAGGCAUUUCGUCGAGCAACUGGAAGGAUCAAGGCGACGCCGGCUUCGGACGUGGCUCCGCCUUCCAAACCGAAGCGCGUCGUCGAUGCGCGGCCGCCUGCCGCCUCCACUGACUCGUCGGACGGCUCAGAUGUGGCACCUAAAGCUAAUACAGACAAUGUCCUCGAAGAACGUGAUCCCCAGUACGAUGUGAUGCUUAGCCAGAUGGCAGGUCGAAUUCGAUCAAAACCUGGAGGGAAACUUGAGAUGGGUGAGGCCUAUGUGGUGGAAAAGUACAAUAGGCCGAUGCCAAAACUACGGAACACGAAACCGGAUUCUGGUAGAUACGAGGAGCGGCCGGUUCCUGAGGGAACUCUCAAUGUAGCACAGGUACGCCAAAUCAUCCUCUUGCAUCAAGGGAAAGCUGAUGAUCAUAGCGGACCCAUGGACGUCCAGCGAAUUGCAGAAAAGUUUCGGGUGGAUGUCUCACAGGUUCAGAAGAUCCUGCAGUUUGUAUCACUCCCCACCGGAAGACAGCAGCAAAGCGAGUGCCAAUAAUGAUUGACAACCCCCAUGGACUUUGAAACUUGCUCGUGUAUUACCAUGCAAUUUUUCGUCAAAUAAGAGAUGAUGAAAUGACAAAAACACCUUUUAUACCAGGAAGAGUUGUCUUCAUAGUAAUCGUAACAUGU